CGCAACGCGUGACGUAGCACCUAGAUAGCGACUUCUCGAGCGUUGUACGGAAAUGAGAUGAUUACCUUUGGUUCCCUGAAUUUCACAAACGGCAGAGGACUAAACGGGGAUUCAGUGGAAAACUAAGCUGAAGGUGUCUGACUACAGAUCAUUUUCAAACAGCUACUAAUUCGUACUACUUUAUCUAAUAAAAGAAUAGCGAGCUUACUCCUUAGCCGCCAGGACAACUAGCUCGCUUACUAAGCUAUGAUAACAACGAGGCUGGGAACGAAACCCGACUCCCUCUUCAGGUGUUGGAAUGCACUGUGUGUCUCACUGGUGCAAAGGCUUUGAUUUAACCACAGGGUUUAUCUCACACAGAUGGCAUCCAGUUAGUAAGGUCGCUUUUCCAAUGAGGAGAACUCGCCUUUUUGGCCCCGUGCAUCACCCUUCCUCGCCAUGGCAAAGCUCUAUCUGCCUACUUUCCUCUUACUGAUUUUUCUGUCCUCCUUCGUCCUCCUGCUGCUCAUCCUUCUGACCCCUGUCACCCCCUCACUUCCUUUAGCGCCUGCCUCUGAUCCCUCACUUUGGCCGUCACCCUCUUGCAGUCCAGGUCAGUCCUGGGCGGUUCGACUGCACAUUGGUCUUAAUCACAAGGAAGAAGAUGGUGAACACGGUGCUGUGCACAUGGAUUUCAUAGCCAACAAGGUAGCGGAGCAGGCUGGGCUGCACAACCAUGGCCAGAUAGGACACCUGGAAGGCCACUACUUACUGUGCUCUACAAAGCCCAGUGCUGGGUCUGUAGGACGCAUCAAGAGACAAGCUCUCCGGCCUGAGGAUGUUUUAGCAGGACACCCUCAUGUUAUGUGGUACUCUCAGGAGAGAGUGCUCAGCCGCUCAAAGAGAUCGAUGGCCUUCAAUGACCCCAACUACCCCAAACAGUGGCACCUGCACAAUGACGUCAGUAAGGGCAUGGACAUCAACGUGACAGGAGUGUGGGAGCGUAACAUUACCGGCCAGGGAGUCACAGUGGUGGUUGUUGAUGACGGGGUGGAGCACACCCACCAAGAUAUUCAGCCAAAUUAUAGUCCAGAAGGCAGCUACGACCUUAACUCAAAUGACCCAGACCCCAUGCCUCACCCUGACAUUCACAGCGACAACCACCACGGUACUCGGUGCGCUGGGGAGAUUGCAGCUGUUUCCAACAACAGCUUCUGCGCAGUGGGAGUGGCCUAUGGCAGCAAAGUAGCAGGUAUUAGAGUGCUCGAUGGCCCGCUGACAGACAGCCUGGAGGCUAUAGCCUUUAACAAACACUACCAAGUUAAUGACAUCUACAGCUGCAGUUGGGGUCCAGAUGAUGAUGGGCAUACUGUGGAUGGACCUCAUCCUCUGGGCAAGGCAGCUCUGCAGCACGGGGUGAUUGCAGGCAGACGAGGAUUCGGGAGCAUCUUUAUAGUUGCCAGCGGUAACGGUGGUCAGUACAACGACAACUGCAACUACGACGGGUACGCCAACUCGAUCUACACCAUUACAAUCGGAGCGGUCGACGAGAAAGGCAAGAUGCCAUUCUAUGCUGAGGAGUGCGCAUCUAUGCUGGCCGUCACUUUCAGCAGUGGGAGGGGCUCUUUGAGGAGCAUUGUGACUUCAGACUGGUCCAUGCAGGGGGGCACAGGUUGUACCGAGGGCCACACCGGUACAUCUGCUGCAGCACCCCUGGCAGCAGGAAUGGUGGCACUCAUGCUGCAGGUCCGGCCCUGCCUCACCUGGAGGGAUAUCCAGCACAUCAUCACCUUCACUGCCACCAAGUGCGACAGUAGUGCCGACUGGAAGGUGAACGGAGCAGGAUUUCAUCACAGCCACCAGCACGGCUUUGGUCUGCUCAACGCGUGGAGGCUCGUCAAUGCCGCCAAGGUGUGGGAGUCAGUGCCAUUCCUCUUGUCCUAUCAGAGCUCUGUAAUAAAGGAGGAAACCCCCAUUGUGAUCUAUCCCGAUGAGCUCGUCCUUACCUGGGAAGUCUCUGCUGCCGACCUGAGACAAUCUGGAAUGGAGACCCUGGAGCAUGUGGCCGUGACCGUGACAGUCAUCCAUCCUUGCCGUGGCAACGUGGAGUUCGUGUUGAUCUGCCCCAGCGGUAUGACAUCAGUCAUCGGGGCUCGCCGUGCCAUCGACAGAGAUAAUGCAGGCUACCAGGACUGGACUUUCUCCACUGUGCGCUGCUGGGGAGAGAGAGCCCAGGGCCUCUACACCCUCAAGAUCUCUGACCACAAAGAUGAAUCUUCUGUCCAGUGUGCCGCUGUGGGAGUGCUGAAGGAGAGGAAGUUGACUCUGUAUGGUUCAUCUAUGAUGUUCAGCGAGGUCAAGGAAAGACAGAGGCUGGUGGAGGAGGCAAUGACUGGGAAGUAUCUGCACAGCAACUUCUCUCUGCCCUGCCCUCCAGGCCUGGACCUGCCUCCAGAAAUCACCAAGCCCUUCACGUCCAACAACCUCAAGUUCAUGCUGUUGCUUGGCUGUUUUGCUCUCUUCUGGUCCCUCUACUACACAUUGGAGGUUAUGAUGGCCCACGUAGACUUCAGGGUCCUUCUCUGCUUGCCCAGGAGACAGGGUGGUCACAGGAGGGGGCGACAAGGGAAAGAAGUGGAGGAGGCACUGAUUGGGGAUGAGGAGCAGGACUCAGGGGUGGAGUUGCAGGCUGUGCUGGACUCUGAUGUCAAAGAGCCGCUUGCCAGUGGGGAAUGGCUGGCAACAUAGCACUGAGCCAGAUUAAGGGCUAAAACCAUCACACUGUUAGUCCUUAUAGGACCUCUCAGGCUUACACCUUCAUUUUGCCACUCGCCAACUUAGCCUUCCACACUCAGCUUCCAGCAGUGGUGUUGGAGGGUCAAACCAGUGCACUCUCGUCCUUCUUUGCAUUCCCCUUAAGAGUGGCCUUCAGUGUGUUUGUGCUGCACGCAAAGGUGUGUGGCUUGUGCACAUCCCCUUAAUAAAGGUGAUCACAUUUUUUUUCUGCGAUCUCUUUAGACAUGGAAGAAAAAUUUGGUACGAAGGUUAAAAUUCCUGUAAAGUAAGUUAAUGCACAGGUCUGGUAUGACCAUCAGAUGGACUUAACAGGGUUCCUGGUUUAAUUACAUGUGUGAAAGUGUUCAUUUGCUCAUAUGUUUAAAAUGUAACCUCAAAGAAGAGCUUGAUAGGAUACAAUACACCUGUGGAAGGAAGAACUGAGAUGUGCACUUAAAAAAAAACAAAAAAAAAAACGUGUGUGUGUGUGUGUGUGUGUUGUGUGUGUGUGUGUGUGGUGUGUGUGUGUUGUGUUGUGUGUGUGUGUCGUGUGUGUGUGUGUGUGUGUGUGUGUGUGAGAGAGAGAGAUAUGCAAGGUCUUCCAUGGAAAAAGUGACCUAUGGUAAAAUGUGAGGCUUCAAGUGGGUACUGUAUUUCAAUAAAAAGAUUGAUUUGAGGGAAUUCCUUUAUGCAUUUAUUUUUUUAAGCCUGGUGUUGUUUUCUGUGGCUUAUCAAUCUACUACUGAGAAUUUACAAAUAAAAGAAAAAUACAAACUUGAAAUGGGAUUUUUGCAUUGUGGGAUUUGCAAAUCAAUUUUUUAAUAAAGUAUAAUAUAUAGACAAUGUGUGCCUGCUGUACAGAUGUACUAUGCUGAUGGUGUUUUUACAGUGCUUUUUUUUUUUUUAAAGACUAUUAAAGAAGUAUAAUUUUUUUAAUGUAAACAGUGUUUGGAGUGAUAUUGAAAACCAUUACUGUGCAAGUCACAGGCAAGUUCAGUGAUAAUAAACAAUGCUUGAUUAAGUUC